CAACACAAGCACAAAGGUCAAGUCACCAUCUACAGAUAAGACCAAGCUGCCUCUGUGAUUACCGCUGCUUUGAGGUCAAAGGUACUCAGCCAGUGCUAAUGUUAAUGGGAGUGACUGAAUUUGCUGAAUGGAGAAGUAAAGUAUGUAUCUCUUAUGGCUCUUACUCUACUGGUAUUCCUCCUGUCACUUGGUCUUGUCCAAGCGACGAAGCGGCCGAUCAUUGGGAUACUGACAGAGGAAGUAUACCACGAGGACUACCCAGACUACAGCUCCAUGAUCGUGGGAUCGUACGUGAAGGCGGUGGAACAGUCUGGAGCUCGAGUUGUGCCAAUCUUCAUCAACAGGACUGAAGACUAUUACAGAGACAUUCUGGAUUCUGUGAAUGGCGUAUUGUUCCCUGGAGGUGGACUUUCAUUUCUAAACGUGGGAGGAUAUGCAGAUGCGGGCAGAAUUAUUCUCAACUACACCAAACAGGUAAACUCUGCAGGGGAGCAUUUCCCUCUAGUUGGAGUGUGUCUUGGAUUUGAGUUGCUGUUUUAUCUUGAAGUUGAAAGCUACGAUAUUUUGGGAUAUUGCAAUGCAACAAACUUGUCUCUGCCAUUGAUAUUCAAGGAGAACAUUCGUGAAAGCAAGUUGUAUCGCCAAGCUCCGAGACAAGUCAUAGAGAUUCUACAAAACCUUCCUGUAACCUACAAUCACCAUAAGCGGUGUGUAACCGAAGGGUUGCUGAAGGAGUUCCACUUGAACAAAGAAUGGCACGUUCUGUCUACAAGUGUGGACUCGGACGGGAAGAAGUUCAUUUCCAGUGUUGAGUCCAACACAUACCCGAUUGUGGGCAUUCAGUUUCACCCGGAGAAAAACGCCUUCGAGUGGAACCCUACUCAAGACAUUGCACACACGAAGAAAGCAAUCUACAGCGCUCGUUACUUCAACGAUUGGUUGGUAAACGAGGCGAGGAAAAACGAUCACUCGUUUAACAGCUCGGACACUGAGAGUUCAGCGUUGAUUUACAAUUACAAUGCGACAUUUAUUAAUAAGGGAAAAAGUUAUUAUGAGCAAAUAUAUUUCUUUUACUAAA